UUCCAAUAUAGCGUCCAUUAUGGUUUCAGGCAUAUUUGUAAAUAAUAUUGAAAGUGUUCUUAAAUCUGGUACCUUAAACGCAGAUCUGAUAUCUGACCACAAGCUAGUAUUUUGUGAAUUAAAUAUAAAAACCGUUUCAUCCGAGGAAAAAGUCAUAACCUAUAGGGAUUUUAAGAACAUUGACGUAAUUAAACUCAAGCAGGAUUUGGCUGCAGCUGGCUUAGAAGAAAUGCUGCAUAUUACUGACUAACUAAAAUUCUAAUCCUUUCUGGGGUACUUAUUGAGCUUCUUAACUUUCACGCUCCUACUCGGACAGCUCGUGUCACCAAAAAAGCUGCUCCAUGGUUAACUUUUGUACUUGAGGUCAUUCUUAAGAAUUAAGAAAUUAUUCACUUGCUUCAAUAAGGCUUGGG